AUGAGUACAGUUUUGCAGCUGCUGACGAAUUACUACGAAGCUGUUAUUGAGAGUGAUAGGAUAUAUCACGAGAAUGUCAAUGGUGGUCGGUUAAAGUUUGACAGCGGCGAUGUGGUGCAGAAAGACUCGAUGCUAGUCAAAGAAACAAUAAGUUUACGGCGGCAAAUUGCGCAGCUAGCCACCGAGUGCAACCUGCUAAAACAGGAGAACGAGAAACACAAGCAAUUGCACAAAACUCAAUUAGCAUUACUCGAGUCCAAACUUGAGAAUGCUCGGAAGCUUGCACCUAAGCCAAAAUGUACUACACCCGACAAUGGAGAAGAACACCGGAAAGAAGUACACCUGCUAAGCCCUAUCAACAAGAAAUCGCACGAGAUGGUUCUCGAACAUGGCAGAGUCAGCAAACUUAGCGGAGCCACUAAGAUGUCGCCUGCUAGCCAGAAUGAAGGAUUGCGCAAUGCUAUCAGUAAGAACAAGCCUACGCUUUUUGAUGACGAUACGAACGAAUUCGCAGAAAACUCUCACGAGGCUUCUUUUUUGACGUCCAUCAAAGAUAAGAACAAACUGGCUAACAUAGUGCUUCCGAAAGAAAGUAUAGCGUCUUCAAGUGAUGCAGAAGAUGAUAAUAAUGUGAACGAUGAUAACGAACGACACGAUGCUAAUAAAAACCGCGAAACUUCACGGGCCACACAAAAAAAACGGAGGCUUAUAAAAAAGAGAAUACAAAGAGCUGACACUGAUAGUGAAAGCACUUAG